UAUACAAAAUAUCCCACACAUUGACUGACCUGCAAAUAUGAAAGACACACAUUCACACCUUCCGUGACUCUCAGCACAGAUCUUCCAUUGUUCCAUUGUCACUGUGUAUGUGAGGAAGUGGCAUUGCUUGACUACAGCACAGUGCUGUGCAUAAAAGCAGACCGACCCAGGCGGGAGAAUCAUUUCUUCUUCGCAUUUCUGAGAACGCACAUCAGGAUGGCCUCCGUAUCACUGCCACGCAGGAAGAACCUCUCCGCGCAACAGGCUUUGGCCUUGCUUCAGGAAAUGGAUGAAGCAGAUUCUGAUGGAGGAGAGGUUCCAUUUGUCCAGCAGGCCACUGAUACCUCCUCAGAAGAAUCUGUAAAGGAGACAGAACAAGAACCCAACAUGCCUCCAUGGAAGAGGCCCCGUGGUACUGGGAAGCCCAGCCAGAGCCACACGGCAAAAGACGGCACUGUGUGGGUUGAGGAGGACAUUGGAAAGCCCAGUGCAGCAGCAAAUCGCUCGUGCUUCACUGCGCAAGCUGGACCCACAGAGUCUGCUAAGCGUAAGAUUACAAGUGUGCUCCAAAGCUUCCUUUGCCUGUUAGACGUGGGAAUGCUGCAGACCAUCAGGGAGUGCACGGUCCAUCAAGCCCACAGAACAGAGCCGCACUGGAAUUUGUCAGUUCAUGAACUGAUGGCAUUCAUUCCAAUCCUGUUCUCUGAUUGGAUUUCAGCAGAUGGUCCAGACCUCACUGACACUCCUGUGGCUCUGCUGACAGUUGUCACGGAUGACACUACUGAUUCGGCCCUCUUCAGUCCCGAAAGCAUCUGCAUUGUCGUUGAGGAUGAAAUACUUGUGAAUGGUCCCACAAAUCUGGCUGAGUCAUUUCUCCUGCUCUUUGGGUAA